CCUUCUCAAAGAGAACAUCGUGUUGCUCGUGAUCCGUUACAAACGUUCCCCAAUAAAAUCGAACCAUGUCUGGCCGUGGAAAGGGAGGAAAGGUAAAGGGAAAGGCAAAGUCCCGCUCCAACCGUGCCGGUCUUCAGUUCCCCGUUGGCCGUAUUCAUCGUCUCCUGCGCAAGGGUAACUAUGCCGAGCGCGUCGGUGCCGGAGCACCCGUGUAUCUGGCAGCCGUCAUGGAAUACUUGGCCGCUGAAGUGCUUGAGUUGGCCGGAAACGCUGCCCGUGACAACAAGAAGACGCGCAUCAUCCCGCGUCAUCUGCAGCUGGCCAUCCGCAACGACGAGGAGUUGAACAAGCUGCUGUCCGGAGUAACCAUCGCUCAGGGUGGUGUGCUGCCCAACAUUCAGGCCGUGCUGCUGCCCAAGAAGACCGAAAAGAAGGCUUAAACUGUGUAACAAAGCUUCCUUCAUCU